CAAAGGCCUCGCGGGACUGUCAAACUAGCAGUUGCUGUGUGGCAGAGAGAGAGGGGGUGAAGAAAGAAGAAUCAAAACAUCCCGACCAUCCCGACACGAGAAACAUUUAGGGGAAGCUGCAAAUAAAUAUAUAGGCCUAAAACGCUGAGACGGCGACAAAGGGAAACAAGGUUGUCGUUUAUAAUUAUUGUGGAAUGUGAGCUGUUAAAACGUUGCCAAAUUAUUGAUGCAACUUCUCGCAGCUCUUUAAUCAAGUUACUCCUCAGUUUAUGUUUACAAAUACAUCUGGUUUUGAUUUUUAGAACAAGUAAAGAAUGCCCGGCUUUCAUCAACGCAAAUUGCUGUUUAAACAAUUAUAUUUUUGAUCCAUAAUUUUGAAUUUGGAAGCGUUCUUCCAACCGGUGUAGCUACUUCAAGAAUCAAGGAAAAGUGAUACAGGGAAAACAGAAGCUAUUUGGUCGUUUUUGCCGGUGUCGUGGUCGAGGAAUGGCACUCCGUGUAGAGGCAUAUGCCCAAUUGCUGUUGCUCGUGUUGGCAUUGGACCUGAGCGUGCAAGGAGCGGCGCCACAGUAUCAAAAACCAGAGGUGUGGCUGCAGCAGUAUGGCUACCUGCCCCCAGGUGACCUGCGGACACACGCUGCCCGUUCCCCUCACUCCAUCACCACGGCCAUCGCAGCCAUGCAGAGGUUCUACGGCCUGACCAUCACCGGCUCCAUUGACCCCAAAACUGUAGAGGCAAUGAAGCGGCCACGCUGUGGAGUUCCAGACAAGUUCGGGACUGAGCUGAAGAGUAACCUGAGAAAGAAGCGCUACGCUAUCCAGGGCCUGAAAUGGGAUAAGACUGAUCUCACCUUCUGUAUACAGAACUACACCCCUAAGGUGGGGGAGUAUGAGACCCAUGACGCUAUCAGGAAAGCCUUCAAGGUGUGGGAGAGUGUGACCCCUCUACGCUUCCGGGAGAUCCCCUACAGUCACAUACGGGACAAGGUGGAGGACUUUGCCGACAUCAUGCUCUUCUUCGGUGAGGGUUUCCAUGGCGACUCCAGUCCCUUUGACGGCGAGGGGGGUUUCUUGGCACAUGCCUACUUCCCCGGUAACGGCAUAGGGGGAGACACACACUUUGACUCUGCAGAGCCUUGGACGGUCGGCAACAGUGAUCUGUCAGGUAAUGACGUGUUCCUGGUGUCGGUACAUGAGUUGGGUCAUGCCCUGGGUCUGGAGCACUCCAACGACCCCUCUGCCAUCAUGGCUCCAUUCUACCAGUGGAUGGAGACAGAGAACUUCCAGCUGCCUGAAGAUGACCUCAGGGGAAUACAGCAAAUCUAUGGGGGUAGAUCAGGUGGUGGCCCCCGCCCUCCCCCACCUAGCCCACGCUCCCCUCACCACCCACCCAAACCCACUCACACCCCAUACAACCCUCGCUUUGGCCCCGACAUCUGUGAGGGACACUUUGACACCAUCGCCAUCCUCCGAGGAGAAAUAUUUGUCUUCAAGGAUAAGUGGUUCUGGAGAGUCCGUAACAACGCAGUUCUGGACGGAUACCCAAUGCCAAUAGGCCAUUUCUGGAGAGGCCUGCCAUCAAACAUCAAUGCUGCUUAUGAAAGGGAUGAUGGGAACUUUGUAUUUUUCAAGGGAGACAGGCACUGGGUUUUCAAGGAAUCUAUUCUGGAGGAUGGUUAUCCCAAGUCUCUAAAGGAGAUGGGCAGUGGUCUACCCAAAGACAAAAUAGAUGCCGCCCUCUUCUACACCCCCACCGGCAAGACAUACUUCUUCAGGGGAAACAAGUACUAUCGUUACAAUGAGGACUCACGCUCUGUGGACCCUGAAUACCCCAAACCAAUCAAUGUGUGGCAGGGCGUCCCAGACAAUAUUAAAGCUGGCUUCAUGAGCAGAGACCAAGGACACACCUACUUCUACAAAGCCAAUAAGUAUUGGAAGUUCAACAACCAGAAGCUUCGUGUAGAGCCUGGAUUCCCCAAGUCUGCUCUUAAAGACUGGAUGGGUUGUCCAGAGGAGGACCCCAAGACCGACGGAGGAAGGGGGGGUGGAGGACAUGACCGGGAAGACAGAGAGGAGGAUAGAGAUGAGACAGAAGUAAUCAUCAUCGAGGUGGAGGAGGAAGGAGGAUCUGGCGGAGGGGCGGGUGCGGCGGCAGUGGUGGUUCCCCUCAUGCUGUUGGUGUGUGUGAUCCUCACUCUGGGGGCACUGCUGUUCUUCCGCAGGUAUGGCACCCCACGCCGUCUCCUGUACUGCCAACGCUCCCUACUGGACAAGGUGUAGAGGGGAGGAGAGGGAGAGGAGAGAAAGGGAGGAGAGAGAGGAGGUUGAUGAGUUGAGAGGGGCUGUAGGGGAGAGAAGAGAGCAAAUAGAGAGUAAUACUAGUGGAGAUAAAAAGAGAAGUCUGUGGACCUUGAAUGAGGGUUAGCCAGAGCCAAGAUAUACUUGUUAGCUAUGGCUAAAAUAUUCCUACCACUACCAACUUAAACAUGGAGGAGAUUCCUUUUUCUCUUCCACUCCCACUCUUUUCUGCCAUUUCUGUCCCCUCUUCUCUUCCCUCCUUUCUCUCUCGUUCUUUCUGUGGUUGUUGACUCCAGCUCUUCGCUGUUUGUUUAGCCUUUUUAAAUGUCCUUUUUUUUAGUGGGUGUCGUCAGUGUUUGUGUCCUUGCGAAUUUCAGCUUUGAACAUGACUAUGUCCAGUGCCUCCAUCUGCCCAUAUUUAGUGUCGACUGUGUCAAAGAAUGCAAUCGGCAUCAUUUCAUGUCGUGUGGAUGUUCUGCUCCAUGAUAGUACAUGACGCUAGAUUCUGUCAAAGCCUUUUACCCAUUAAGCGUUGUCUCCUAUAUCUCAGUUCUAUCACAUGAACUAUGAACUGUCUAAAGAGAGGGGGUAUAUAUCAGAUAAGUCUAUUCACUAAACACUCAAUGAAACACGAAAAGUGCUGCAGUCAAUGCGCGCCCCCAGUCCAUCCUUACCACAAUUUCAUAUCUGGAUAUUUCAGAGAGCCAGUAUUGAACAUAAAAAAAUGCCAAAUUAUACACCUAGUGUCCCUUUGAAGCAUAUAUAACACUCAUUUGAAAGCUGAGCAAUUUGUCUGUGUCAUUAAUAUUCCUUUAUGUCAUGCAGUGUUUUAGUGAUUAUUAUUAUUAUGAUUAUUAUUAUCCAGGAUGUUGUCAUUAUUAUUAUGUCUAUUACUAUUGUUAUUGUUGUUCUCCAUGUAUAGAAUGUGUUUGUGUACAUUGUCAUUAAAUGUCCUGCUGGACAGGGAACUACAUUUUGAAAGUGGCCUUAAUUUUAUAUUCAUUUUGGGGGAAAGUGAAUGGGAUGGGGAUAUUAUUUUUGAAACUUGAUUGUUUUUCCGUCUCAAUGCAAUAAAUUGAAGAUAUGGAAAUGACUCCUUUUUGUCAAUGCACUUGUUUACAGUUCUCAAUUCAUGGUGCUGUUUUUUUUUAUUUUUCAGGGAUGAGAGGGUUUACUAGUAGUAAAAACAAUAAUAAUUAUAUUAAUUUUUAUGAUAAUAAUGAUAACUAUCGGAACUAUUUGAAUGAGAUUGUGCCUGUCUUUUUCACUUUUACACUUUUCUUUCAAAUAAAAUGUUUUGAAAAGUU